AAUACACUUUUACCACAUUCCCUAUCAUUCAUUCGUUCGAUUCGAUCUUUUUCUCUCUCUGCAAAUUUCCCACAAAGCUUUCAACUUUUUCAUUCCAAUGGAAACCCCAUCAUCCACAACCAGAUUCACCAACACCAUUCCACUCUCAAGAAAAUUCGAGGAUUCCGAAAAGACUAUGUCGAAAUCAAAGCCACAACAACAGCAAGAUCGAUGUGCAUUGAUGGACAUGACCAACGAUUCACCGAUCGUCGGCCUCGCCAACGGUGGCAAUCUUGACACACCGUCGGCGAAGCCUAAGGCUAGCCGAGUGAAGAACACGCCGGGUUCCGGCGAAGCCUUGCUGAGAGGUCAAGCCAAGACUCUCAUGCAGAUGGUGCAAGAAGAGGCUCUGGAUGAUGGGUUGCCUUCAAUCAACUCUUCUGUUGUUCAUCAACAACAAUCACUUUCUCAGGUGGUGAAUAUGGAGGAAGAUGAAAAGUAUGAGAUAGCAAAAUCGUUGGAUUUCUCUGAGAAAUCUCAAGUUUCUGAAGAAUGCAACUCUGAGGUGAGUUAUCAGGAGAUAACAACACAAGGAAGCUGUGUUGGAAGCUGCAGUGUUGAUGAUGAUGCUUCUAUCUGGUCAAUGCAAGUGAAUGAAAGCAUCAAUGAUGAAGAUGAUGUGGAGGAUGAGAUAGCUGAGGAAGAUGAUAAUGAGGAUGAUGAGGAUGAAGAGGACUAUUAUGAUGCUGGUGAAGAAGAAUAUGAAUGUGGUUUUGGGCUUGAUGAACUGUGUGAAGGGUUGAACAAGGUGAAUGUGAAUGAAAAGGCGGUUCCCAAAUUUGCUGGGAAACAUACAAGGUUUGUUUAUGACAGUGAUGAUGAGAUUGUGAAAGAAGAGGAAGAUGAAAGUGUUGAUGAGUCUAAUGUGUUGCGUUUGAAGGGAUUGCCAACGCCGAAAGGGAAACAUCUUCGUUUUUCUGAGGAGGAGGAAGAGGGAAAAAUCUGAUUUGUGAUUUCAUAUUUUUUGCAUUGUUUUGUUUGUUUUGAAGGCUAUGAAUGACCACAGUUUUUGUGGUCUUCUCAAUUUUACAAUUCCAUAACUGAAUAAAAAUGUUGCUCCAAUCCAACUAUAGUGUUUUGUAGAAUUUGAACAAUGUGAUUUUGUUCUUUCUGAGUUUUGUUCAAGGUAGAAUUUUUCACUUUCUGAGUUUUGUUCAAGGUAGAAUUAACCAUCUCAAUAGUGAAACAUUGAAAUUGUGCAAAAUGUGAUUAGUAAAAUAA